GCAGUGCGCGUCAGCUGACCGUGUCCGUGACCAGCCAGCGGAUGCAACGUCUCGACCGUCUCGGCAGCAGAAGAGACCCGCUGCUGCUGCUGCUCCGCUGCUCCAUCUCCGCUCCCCACAAACCCCGCCGCGGAGCGCCGGACAGCCGUCAACCCCCUCUCCCCACCCCGGCCACGUCUUCCCGCCUCCCGCAGGAUGAGUGUCGCCGCUCCGAGAGGCCUGGCCAGCUCGGGGCAGAAGCCCAUCGCGGAGGUCCUCCACCCGCUGGCCGCCGCCGAGGAGCCGCUGUCCCCGGGGCCAGAUGUGACAGUGGACGACGGAGGCGACCAGGAAGCGGUGUUGACCAAUGGCACGCCGGUGGAGACGUCGAGCCCAGCCUCGGCUUCCUCGCUGUUCAACCGACUGCAGCUGGAAGACGACCUGGAAGCGGACGCCCGCGACCUCUACGUCUCCACGGAAACCCGUGACCUCUUUGUCACAGUCGAUGACCCGAAGAAGCAUGUCUCCACCAUGGAGACCUACAUCACCUACAGAGUUUCCACCAAGACGACGCGGAUAGAAUUCGACCUGCCAGAAUACUGCGUGCGGCGACGCUACCAGGACUUCGACUGGCUGAGGAUCAAGUUGGAGGACAGCCAGCCGACCCACCUCAUCCCACCGCUGCCAGAGAAGUUCGUGAUGAAGGGCGUGGUCGAUCGUUUUUCGGAGGAGUUUGUGGAGACGAGGAUGAAGGCUCUGGACAAGUUCCUGAAGCGGGUGGCAGACCAUCCCGUCCUCUCCUUCAACCCGCAUCUAAAUGCUUUCCUGUCUGCCAAGGACCUGAACAAGCGUCAGGGUCUGGCCUUGUUGACCAAAGUGGGCGAGUCGGUGAAGCAAGUGGCCGGGGGCUACAAGCUGCGGCCGCGGCCGGCCGAAUUCUGCGCCAUGGGCGAGUACCUGGACACCUUCAGCCAGAAACUGGGAACCAUCGACCGCAUCGCGCAGAGGAUCAUCAAAGAGCAGUCAGAGUACCUAACAGAGCUGCGCGAGUACGGCACGGUGUACUCCAGCUGGGCGGGGUCGGAGGAGGAGCUGCGGCGCCCCCUGGAGGGCGUGGCCAGCUCCGUGACGACGUGCUGCGGCGCGCUGGAGGACCUGAGUGAGAACAUGAGCCAGGACUUUCUGCCCGUGCUCAGAGAGUACGUCCUCUACAUAGAGUCCAUGAAGAACGUUCUGAGGAAGCGGGACCAGAGCCAGGCGGAGUACGAGGGACGACUAGAAGCAGCCGUGUUGCGCAAGCAGGAGGACAGGACGCCUUUGCCACUGGAGGUGGAGAAAUGCCAGGACAAGGUGGAGUGUUUCAACGCCGACUUGAAGGCCGACUGGGAGCGCUGGCAGAGCAACAAGCGGCAAGACUUCAAGCAGCUCCUCACCGGCAUGGCGGACAAAAACAUCAACUACUAUGAAAAGUGCCAGUCGGGGUGGGAGUCGCUCAUCACCCUCCUCCAGGACAAACAGACUGAGGACAAAACGAGUGAGACGAACUGAAACUUCUCCUCGUGUUCCUGCCCCGUCUCUCUCGCUCUCUGUCACUCUCUUGCUCUCUCUCUCUCUCUCUCUCUGUCACACACUCGCUCAUGCCAAGGACAAAAAGGACCAACAGGGCAGCAGACUGGAACUGCUGGACUUUUGCCCCCCCGUUCUCGCUUGAGCUGACGAGAGGAGGCAGCGAUGUGACCUGUGAAACAGGUAAUGAACGGUGCGUUCAAGGACAGCAGGGAAAGACGAGCUACCUGCUAUGUACACGUUUGUUUUUUCUUGUUCUUCUUAUUGACUUUUUCUACUUCAUAUUUCCAAUUAACAGUCUUUUGCUAAUGCUGUUUGUGUUUAUUUAAACUUUGGUCUGAGAGGGGCGCGUUUUCUUUCUUUUCUCCCUAUUUUUCACAAAAUGUGACGGUUAAAACUCUUAGGAGAUGCAGGAAAAAAACAAUUUGAAUGCAGAUACUGAUGUUUUGAGUGGCAGUGAAGUGUCCUAAAAUAACAAACUAUUUGGGGCAUCCCCAAGAUUUCCUCCUCUGUCCUUCUGUAAAACCCUCUGAGAUCGUAACACCAAAAGGCAUCUUACUGUCUGUAAAUAAGAAGCCAACAUUUUGCAUGUGUUCAACCCAUAAAAUCUUUUCAUUUGCCAUCACUUGUUGACCACUUUCCAAAAGUUCAUAAGCUUUGCAGUUUUCCUCCUUUUUCCUGCAGCCAUUGUUACGAAGGACAGUCACUUGCACAGAUGUGAAUUUGUUGUGGCAUUAGAGGUUCAGGCCCUGACCUUGUGUUCAACCUGACGGCUGAAGAAAAAGCAGCAGGCGCAAUGUGAAAAAGUGAUCUCAGUAAAAAAGCCUCUGUUGGUUCGACAGAGGGAAAAUUCAGGACUAUUUUUGUCCCCCACCUUUACGUAGAAGGCAAAGCUGCAUUGGACAGUGACGGUACAGGUCUGGAUGCAGGGAGCUCAACGCGAUUCCUACCAUCGGCCAUUUGUACCUGGGACUGCUCUCUUCUAAAAGCAAAAGGCUCAGUUGAGGGAAGCUAAAUGGCACAACGGGUAGUUUUACCCAAUGAAAAACACAGAAGGGAAACAAAAAGAAACACUGUUUUCUGGGGAACUUGUGGCUUCUUUACAGCCAAUUAAUGGGAUUUGUGUCUGUUGUUUUCAGCCAACUCCUGAGGAAUUGGAUGAAGCGGCGCUUUGGGGACGCUUCUCGGACUCGAGCCAAAUGUUUUUAAAAAAAAACUACUUUCCGGUAAUUUAAAGGGGCAGUAAACGAUUCUAAAUCAAUACACAUUUUGUAAAAAAUCCGCGAAUAUUUCCUUGAGCUGUCGGUUCUGUGUGCGGCUCGGCCAGAGCAGUGAAAUCACAACAACAACAACAACAACAACAACAAAGAGAGAUAAACAAGCUUUCUCCAAAUCGCUUUCUGCCCCUUUAAAGGUCGACUGUGUAGGAUUUAAUGGAUGGAUUGAAUCAAAUAUUCGUGAUUAUAUUUUCAUUUGUGUAUAAUCAGCACAAACUAGGAUUCAUUGUGUUUACGUGACCUCAGAAUGAGCCGACUUGUGCUGAUGUGGUUUUGACUUAGAUAAAUAGGGGGAAUCGUUUACUUUUCAUUGCCAUGAUCAUAAUUUCAGUUUCACGAAUUUCUGUGGUGUCCUUUCACUCUUUGACAGGGUUGUCAGAAGUGAGGUGCUGAUUCAGGGCAUGGACACGGCAACAUGACUAUAAGCUUUUUUGCUUGUUUGUUUCUUUUCAGAGGAUUUAUUAAAACAUAAAAACUUCACUUGUUUUCUUCCUUCUUAACUAAUCGUCUUUGGAUACACACUGGGCUGACGGCACUUUACUGAGCCUGCCGCUUUAAAACAGCGAUGAGACGACGCGAGUGAGUGCGUCUGCUUACGUUUCUCUCGUCUUCAUUGCCCUUCGUUCUCCUCGAGCUUCGAAGGCAUGAAGCAGCUGCACUGCCUCCUCUUACUGCCAGAGGUCAGUGAUGAAGAGGCUGUGGUCCUGUGUCGAGGCAGUCACAGCAGACACUUCUAUGGAUGCACUGAUGCUAAAAGACCAAUUGUAUUUGUAUGUCGGAAUUCCAAAAUAUUAGAAUCAAAGAUUCAAGAAUCAAGACAAAGAGCUACAGCUUCACAAAGCACUGUUCUGCAAAUGUUCUACAUCUUCCAUCCUUCUUUUUAAAGGUUAAUUGUCAAAACGUGUGUGAACAUGCGCCACAAAUAUAUGAGAUGACUGUUGUUCAAUUGUCAAAGUGAACAAUUUCACAAUUGUCAAAGUGAAAUUAAGCAACGUGAAAGGUUCCCUGUAGAGUUUUUUUUUAUUUUUUUUAAUGGAAAAGUGUUUUUGUUUCUGCCUCAAGGAAACAGACAACUGAAAAAUGUCGGUUUACAACAAACCGAUAAGCUACUAAGAAUUCCUUCUCUUCCCUUUUAGUCUAUUUUUCUGAAUCGGUUCGAUACUUGGUGUCUCAGUUUGUUUGUUUUUAGUUUUUUCAAAAAGGUGGCAUCAGUGCAUCUGUAGACUUUCCUCUGGUGUCAACCAAGCAACUGCACUGACCCGAUGAGAUGACCUGACCUGAGCAUGUAUAACAACUUUCAGUGAGAUUUCUUUUCUUUGCUCUAACGAGAAAAUAUACUUCUGGAUAUUAAGUUAUCGCCCAGGUUGCAGCUGAACUACACGACACAGCCGAGUCUAUUUUUGUACGAUAAAGGAGACCAAUGUUUUGGGUUCCAGACGUGAGUAUGUGAAGAUUAUUAUAAAGCAUUUUAAAAAGGGAUUUUUAGGAGAUUUGUACAAUGUAAAACUGGCAUAACCAAAAUAAGAGGAAUGGAACUUUUUCUUUUCUUUUUGAUUUACUUCUCUUUACUCUAAGCCAUCGUCAAAGCCCCACAUUAUUCUGUGCCUGCUGAUUUAUGUUUGCACUAUUUACUGUAUGAAGCUGCAGCCACUGGGAGAAAUGUUUGCCGAAGAGAAAAUAUGAAAUAAGAAAAACUAAAUUUGCUUUCUUUAAGUUGCCAAAA